AAUUUUACAGUUCCACGAAGCUGUAUCAGAACCUCGAAUUAUGCGGAAAGUGAUAAACUAAAUCCACAAAUAAAAAUUUUGUAAACUCAAGAUCGAGAACACGGUGUAUUUAAAAUUACACACAGCAACGGAAAGUCGAAUAAAGAAACCCGAGCUCUUGGCGUUUCUACCGAAACAAUUUGAUUGGUGAUAUUUAAUCUACGUGAAACAGUGAAGUCACCUUUAGUUUUGACACAUGCCCUGGUAAAAUAUUUUGUCAAAAGCGAUCAAAACCAUAACAAAAGGAAUAGUAAAUCCAACAUUAUAUUUAUAUUUUAGUAAAUAAAUAUGUGGAAAGUGGAUCCUGUAAAUGAAAGAGAUUUAAUAUUUCAUGAAUUAAUAGAUGAAUGUAAACAUGCUGUUCCAGGUGCAAGGUUAUCCUAUACACUUAGAAAUAAGUUAGAAAAAUAUCCAAUAGAAGUACGUAGAGAUAUAGUGAAUCGAGUAAAAGUGGGUUGUUCUCCGUUAUUUAUCGCCUGUAAAAAAGGACAAACCGAAAUUGUUCAGUAUCUAAUUAAAGUUUGUGCUGCGGAUAUAGAACAAAAAGGACUAUUUGAGGUACAGGAAGAUAGGACAACCCAUGUUGUAACGCCCUUAUGGUGUGCAGCAGUUUCAGGAAAACUACAAGUGGUGGAAACUUUAGUUCUUAGCGGAGCAGACAUAAAUGCCGUAUCUGACACGGGAUCAACUGCCGUACGGUCAGCCUGUUACAUGACACAUUUUGAAAUUGUGAAAUACUUAGUAGCUCAUGGUGCCGAUAUUAACAGACCCAACUAUAAUGGUGGUACGUGUUUAAUAAAUUCAGUACAAAGUGCAGCACUUUGUGAAUUUUUGGUAAAGAGUGGAGCCGUUAUUAAUGCGAGGGAUAUACAGAAUAAAAGUGCCCUUCAUUAUGCCAUUCAAGAACACAGAUUAGAAACGACGAAAUUGUUAUUAAGAAACGGAGCCGAUUAUAACGCAAAAUCAAGAUAUGGUGACGAUGCUUUACAAAUGGCUUGUCUAAAAGGUGCGGUACGAAUUUUCGAAUUUCUCGUAAUGAACAUAGAUUACCCUCCGGAAAAAUUAGCCAAUGCACACGAAUUAUUGGGAGCCACAUUUCUAGAUGAACAGAACGACUUAGCUGUUGCUCUACAUCAUUGGAAAAUAGCUAUAGCCAUCAGACAGAAACAUGCAUUGUAUCCUAAACAACCAGUGAUGCCUCCACAGGAAGGAUAUAGAUACCAGAAAGAAUUCGAAACAUUAGAGGAGUUAGAGGCUAUUGCAGAUGAUGUAGAUUUAGUUCGUACACAGAGUUUGAUAAUUACAGAAAGGAUUUUAGGACCGCAUCACAAAGAUACUAUAUUUAGGUUAAUGUAUCGAGGUGCAUCAUACGCGGAUGUAUUGCGCUAUCAACGUUGCAUCGAUCUCUGGAGGCGAGCUUUACAAAUUCGUAUUGAAAAAGAUUCGAUUCUCUACACGGAUACCUGUUUUUCUGCUCAAGCUUUAGUUAGACUGAUGAUGGAUUAUCACUAUAAAUUUAAUUUUGCCGAAGACAAGAACAAACACCAAAGAUUCCAUGACGUUAUUUCCGUAUUUUAUCUUUUGACUGAGAAUAUCGUCGAAAUAAGAAAACUUUUAACCAUACGCCCUGUGUAUAAACGACAAGCAGAUUUUUUCGAUAAAAUGCUGAAAUGUAUAACUCAUUUGAUCUACCUUAUGAUAGAAACCAUGACGACGGAAGAUCAGAAGGUCCUAGUGAAACGGAUCAUCACGGAUUUUUUAAAAAAGAACGUUCGAUGCGUAGUGUUGGAGAACACAGUUUUACAUUUGUGUGUUUCGAAAUUGAAUACGAUCAGAUCUAAUUAUUUUAUGGAAGAGGAACCAAUUAUGAUAUUUCCUCAAGAAAACGUAGUGCGUUGUCUGCUAGAAUGUGGAGCACCAGUAAAUGCAAGAAAUGAACAAGGUUUUACCCCACUUCAUCUCAGCGUCCUGACUUACAACUAUUCUUCCUGGUUGGUGAGGCUGUUGCUACAAUAUGGCGCACACAUCGAUCAACCGAAUGUUAUAGGAAAAAUACCACUAGACGCAAUCAAUGAUCUCAAUAACCAACUACCCACAGAUAUAUUCGUAUUAAAUUAUUUGAAUUUAAAAUGUCUCUGUUCGAGGGUAAUUUGUAAAUACAAAAUUCCGUAUAAAAAUCAGAUACCAAAAACAUUGGAAAAUUACAUACACUUACACGAACCAUAAAACAUAUUUUCAAAAAUUGUUCGCUUUUAAUUUUGUUCAUAGAUAUUGUAUAUUUAUUGAUAUUUUUAUUUUAUCGUGACAAUUGGAAAAGACAGUUCAAUUUUUCAUAAACGUUUUCGAAUGUAAUGCAACGUGAUUUAAAUUACUGCGAUUUAGAAUUAAAGUGUCUAUCAAUUAAAAAAUAUAUAAUUAAACUGGGAAAUAUUUUUCAGAAAAACAUAUUUUAAGUUAAAUAUUUUGAGUCGAUAGAACGAAUAUAUUUCGAAUAUUGAGAGAACAAUAGACAUAAAAAUCUCGAAUAAUAUUUCAAUAAAGAAUAUAAAAAAAUUGUCUUGUUGAAAAAUAACAAUUGCUUAAACAAUUUCGGUUUAAACAAUAUAGUACGGGGUUGCCCCAUGGCAACAUUCAUUUAUAUCCUCAUUAGGACAAUUCGAAGAGGAUCGCAUAAAAAAAUAGCAAUAGCAAAUGCUCUUGGACUAGAAGACAAAAUUCUGGAUGUAAAAUAAAGCAACAAAAUUCAGAAGUUGGUGGUUCCGGGGAAGAUCUGGGAUUAAUAGGCCAAUGGCGCUACCUCCGUUUCAGCACGUGCAUCGAGUAUUUUUAUUUUCGUAAAAGAGUAAAUUAUAUUGUUUUUUAACACGUUCAAUGUUAAUGGAAAAAUUCGUAAUUAUCCACAAGUGCGUCACGGGGUCAAUUGGCGCGUGUUAUUACCUUAGUUUAAAUGUAAUCAGCUUGCUGAAAAUUGAUUAACUUCGGCAAAAUCAAUUGUUUUCCCACUCAUAGUUUUAUUCAGCAGCAGGACAUUAAUUGAUUCAUUAAAAAGUUCAUGAAUGUUAGCAACAUGUUCGGAGAUUAUUGAAAUUUGUGACAUAUAUUAUUUUCGACCUUUUGAUUGAAUCCAAAGCCGAAACAGGUUCGAACAUUUUUACCUCUUACAGGUUCAACACUAGUGCAAAGUUAGAUAUGUGGUCAAUCAACCACGCACCGCGGGGAACGUUUUAAUAUAACUUUCGAUUGCAAUUAAGGGGUUAACAUAUUAACUGGUCACAAAAAUAUUUCGAAAGUUUUGUCUGUUUACUGUUCUUUAUGAAGUGAAAAAUUUGCUCGGUGUUUUACACUCAAAAUACCUACAAAUUUGAAAAAUAGCUUCAAUUUUGAUGUUUAUAGUUUUUACGGGAGAGAUAGCGAGACAGAAUUUACUGUCGUCAUUCUUCCAUAUACAACAUAACUAUAUCCAAAAUGGUAUAGUAUGAUUUCUGAAAAUUCUCUAAAGGGUGAUGAACUGAGUAACUGUAUUUCCUGUUAUAUUUUGUUCGUUCACCAUAUUUUUACGUCAUGAACUGAAAAUAAGUGAAGGUGAUUUUUGUUGGACCCUCCGGUAUUUCCAGUAUUAUAAAUAACCCUCGAAUAUUUGCUUCACAAAAGUAACGUCGUUUUCGUAUUAAAGUAUGUAAUUUGUUAUAAUAUGUAUAUUUUUGUAUAAAUUUAUAGCACUUAAGAAAAGAAAAAUUUACUCUUUUCACAUUCGAGUGAAAUAGACGUAAGAAACGAUUGUAUCAUAUCUGAAUGUUGAUAAAGAAAUGUUAUAUGUUA